AUGGAUAAGAAGAAGGUGUUGGAGGUGACGGCGGCCUCGCUGGUCGACCUUAAAGCCGAACUCUUCCGCAAACAAGAAGAAUUCAAGCACGAGAAACUUUCCAAAACUACAGACGGGCCGUCAAAGUCAAAAGCAGUCCUCAAGAAACCUAAUAUCUGGAAUAAGCAGAAUGUCGGGGUCACAGCCCGGGCAGAGAAAGAUGCAGAGCAGAAAACUGAAGAGGACAACACGCUGGACAAAUCCAGGAAGAGGUUGGAGGAGAAAGCUCUCCUGUACGAGAAGAUGACCAAAGGCGACUUUCCAGAUGAGGAGACGGAGGAGCUGUACCUGGUGGAUUUUGCACAGAAGAUUAUAGAGAAGAAGAGAGAGGUGCAGAUGUUGUGUCAUAAAGAGAAGAUAGACAAAGAGGAGGAGGAUGCGAGAGCUCCAGAUCUGCCAGUUCCUGCUCCUAAAGACCCCGGGGAAGAAUGGGUGGAUUAUGUCGAUUCUCUAGGCCGAUCGAGGCGCUGUAUGAAGAAGGACCUCCCAGACCUGUUGAAAAUGGACAAAGACCUACAAGGAAAAAAACCGGCGGCUGCUCAAGGAAAGACUUUACUGUCUGAGGAUAUGAGACGGGAGAUGCAAAGAGAACAGUGGGAGCAGGAAGAGGAAGAAGCAAUGAAGAGACCGAUUGGUCCCUUACAUUAUGAAGACAUAAGAGACAACGAGGCCAGGCAGCUGGGUGUUGGCUAUUUUGCCUUUGCUAAGGAUGAACAGAACCGUCGGAAGCAAAUGGAUACGCUGAACAUGUUGCGAGAUCAGACUGAAGAUCAAAGGGUAAAGCGUGAGCGCUUGAAAUCAAAGCGUAAAGCCAUGUUGGACGCACGCCUCGCCAAACUGCGGCAGCGUAAAAUGAAACAUGGGGAAGGAGAGGAGACGGAGACAGCUCAGGAAGCUGAGGAGGAACCGAUCGGACCAGAGCCAGAAGAGACCCCUGAGCUGGAGAGGAAGGUAGAAGUCCUCAUACAGGAGAGGAGAGAUACUAAACCCGGCGUACCCCAUGUCAGGGAGUGGGACAGAGGAAAAGAAUUCACGCUCGGCAGAUGGUCCAAAAUCCAAGAUGACCUGAGAAAUGAACGAGAGCCAGAGUUUGCACCGCCGUCCGUCUACGCUUCAAAACAAAAUAAAAAGAAAAGGCGUCAGAAGAGAAGGAGGAACCAGGCAGGACCUUCAAAUGACACAACACGAUUGGAUCAUGGACACAACCAAUAUGCUCAGGAAGCCCCGGGGUCCAACACGACCUCCAAGGUGGAUGAGAAGAGACUGGAUGAAAUGUUGUCUUAUUACAGGAAGGUGACCUGAUCUACAGCACUGUGCACAGAUAAUAGAGGAGGGGUUCUCUACUCCACAGCAGUAUGUCCCAAAUAUUAGU